AUGCGAUCCCAAACUGUACGUCUUUUGAUUUCAUCUAUCAGGCAGCGGGCCCUCUCCUCAUCUGUUCCUCCUCUCCGACCUUUCUAUACCUCUGCCCGCACCACCAAGCGUCAAACACCAGGGUCCAAGGCACUCCGAGCAGCUCCGACAAUCCCGUUCUUUAGUGCUUUCUUCAGCUCCAACAAACCAGAAGAAUCUACCGAAAGCAUGUCGUACCCUGAUGAGCGAAGCGAGGACCAGUGGCGAGCGGUUUUGAAUCCCGAACAAUUUCGCAUUCUCCGUGAGAAGGGCACUGAGCGUGCUGGUACUGGCGAAUAUGACUCCCAUUAUCCAUCCACGGGUACUUACAAUUGCGCUGGCUGCGAUGCGCCCCUAUACACGGCCAAUCAUAAGUUCAAGUCCGGCUGUGGCUGGCCUGCCUAUUUCGAUUCGAUCCCAGGUGCUGUGAAGAGACAUGUUGAUAACACCUUUGGCAUGAAGCGCACGGAAAUCGUCUGCAGCAACUGUGGAGGUCAUCUCGGUCAUGUCUUCGAGGGUGAAGGGUACCAAACGCCGACCGAUGAGCGGCACUGUGUUAACAGUGUCAGUCUGCGGUUUACGGAAGAUGGAUCUGCUAAAGGACCUGCUGAGAAAUCAAAGGCAUAG